CAGCCACGCGUAUGCUUUUUCUCUUCAAUUUUCCCGCAGGAGAACGAGAGAAAACGCACCGUUGGCCGCGUAUCAGGGAUUCGGGGCAUCAAGGUCCAAUAGCUGAAUAGCACAUCGCCAUCACAAUGCCAGCGCCUCUCCCAGGUGUCGGAACCGGAGAGAGGGAGAGAUAGAGAGACCUGGAAGGCUGGAAAUCGAGAGCAGCGAGGCGGCGAAACAAGCAGGCGGCCCGGCUCUCAGUCUCAUCCCGUGCCUCCUCCGCCUCCCUAAUCGUCAACCAUCUAGAUGUCUCAGUCGGUGCAAGGGUCUUUUUGUUAGUUACUUUGCAAAGUUAAACUUGAAAAUUUAAAGGAUAAAAAAAUGUCCAGGACUGCAAUAAUUUUGCAUCGAUUUCGUCAAGCAGCUGCCAGUCAGAGCCUCGUAGAGACUUCUCUUCAGUCAUGCCCAUAUUUUGGUGUUCCUCUGAGAUGGUUAAGCUGCACAGAGCAAACUUCAAAAUGGGAAACUUCUACAUCUUAUCAGAUUGAUGACGUAGAUCAAUAUUCACCAAUUAGUAGUGUAGCAAAAAUCUGCACACAUCCCCUUUCAUCUCACGUAAACCACUGUUAUCACCACAGUCGUUCACUGGGUUUCUCAAGUGUCUCAAGUUCUCGUCGCAUGUAUUCCUCUGAUGCUAGAGCCAAGCCAGAAGAUUACAAAAAUGCUAUGGCCAAAGUUUCUUCUACAGAAACUUCUGAAGUCGGCGCCACAGAUCACAGUGGCAACACUUGGAUUGAUAUUUUAGAUAGUGCCCGUCACUCUACCAUAGAUGCUACUGCAGCCGCACUUAAGAAACUGAAGGCGAUGACUGAUCCAAUUGUACCUUGCAUCCAGGAGUUAUAUGCUACCUAUCCAGAUCUACAGAGGAUGGUCAUCCCACUUGGUGGGACACUGAUGGGUACAGCAGUUGCAUGGUUUGUGAUGCCUAUUGUUCUAAGGAAGCUCCACAAGUACACUUCAGAAAAUCCUCUCAUAACGCUUGAAGGGGAGUCAACUAAGAAAUACAUGUCCUAUCAAACAAGCUUGUGGAGUGCAUUGGAAGAUCCUGCAAAAUGUAUUAUCACUUUUAUGGCAUUUUCACAGAUGGCUGCAAUUGUUGUGCCAAGUAUUUCAGUUUAUCUUCCACAGGCAUGGAGAGGAACAUUUGUUGUAUCUCUUCUGUGGUUUCUUCAGAAGUGGAAAACUAACUUCAUUGCUAAUAUUAUGACCAAUCAAUCUGCUAUAGGGAUGGACAGAGACAGAUUGUUAACAUUUGAUAAGGUGUCAUCGUUAGCACUAAUUGCACUUGGAGGAAUGGCUCUUGCUGAAGCUUGCGGUGUACCUGUGCAGUCAAUAUUGACUGUUGGUGGUGUCGGAGGUGUUGCUACUGCUUUUGCUGCUAGAGAUGUCUUAGGUAACAUACUGAGUGGGCUCUCUCUACAAUUUUCAAAGCCAUUCUUGGUUGGGGAUAACAUAAAGGCUGGGUCAAUAGAAGGAAAAGUUAUUGAAAUUGGACUGACAUCCACGUUAUUGAUUAACCCAGAAAACCUCCCUGUUGUAGUUCCUAACUCACUGUUCUCCAGCCAAAUUAUAGUCAAUAAAUCAAGAGCUGUGUGGCGUGCUAGGGUGGUAAAAAUUCCUGUUAUAAUUGAAGACCUUGAAAAGAUUCCUACUAUAUCAGAGGAGAUAAAAGUGAAGUUAAGGUCCAACCCAAACAUUGAUGCUCCUUACUGCUAUCUCUCACGGUUAGAAAGUUCACAUGGAGAGCUUACCAUUGGUUGCAACAUCAAAAGCAUGAGAAGAGACGAAUGGACAACAGUGGAACAAGAUAUUCUUUUGAAAGCUGCCAGCAUUGUCAAGCAAUACGAAUCUUGAACUUGCGAGCACAUUACAGUUCUGUUCUAUCCCUCUCCAUUUUACUGCGAGAAGAGGUUAAAGUGGUUACUCUUUUUCUAGUUUGGUAUGGGUAUAUGGGACUGUAAAUAGAGUUCUCAUGUCCCAUACUCUAAUGUUUUGAUCACAUGUGCCAUAUGCCUUUCCUAUUUAAGGAAGUGACCCUUUGUCAUCCUACUGUUACAUGGAUACAAGAAAAGGAGAUGAAAGAUGAAUCACCUA